ACCGACGCGUGCGUGAGUUGUCGUCUUAUUAUAAAGCCUUCAUUAUCAUUCCAUUGGACGCAGUCCAGUCUCCUCCUACCUCGCAUCGCUCGUCACUGUCCUAACAUCAAGUCUCGUCCUUCAAGCAGAGAUUUUGCUCCGAUCGUGUGAAAACCCAGGGAACAUGGCUGAGGAUCCUGUCAAUGUGAAUGAGUAUCAAGAAUUGGCUAGGCAAGCCCUUCCAAAAAUGUACUAUGACUUUUAUGCGGGGGGAGCGGAAGACCAGUAUACACUUAAAGAAAACGUCGAAGCCUUUCGCAGAAUAAUGUUUAGGCCGAGAGUCCUCAUAGAUGUGAGCAAAAUUAGUUUGUCGACUACCAUAUUGGGCUAUAACGUAUCUGCCCCCAUUAUGAUUGCUCCUACUUCUAUGCAUAAGUUGGCACAUCCUGAAGGAGAGGUUGCAACUGCAAGAGCAGCUGCUGCAUGUAAUGUCAUCAUGAUUGUUUCAUAUUCGUCUAUGUGCACUGUGGAAGAGGUUGCAUCCAGCUGUGAUGCCAUUCGAUUCUUUCAAAUAUAUGUAUACAAGAGACGGGAUAUUACAGCUCAGCUGGUACGAAGAGCUGAAAGAAGUGGAUACAAAGCUAUUGUUCUUACUGUUGAUGUUCCCAGGCUUGGCAAAAGGGAGGCAGACAUAAAGAACAAAAUGAUACAACCUCAGUUGAAGAAUUUUGAAGGUCUACUCCCAACUCAAGUUGUCUCUGAUGAGGGUUCCAACUUUAAAGCUUAUGCUGAUUUAACUCUUGAUGCUUCUUUGAGUUGGAAGGACAUUGGAUGGUUGAGAUCUAUAACAAAAUUGCCGAUUCUGAUCAAGGGCGUUCUUACACAUGAAGAUGCAAUUAAGGCAGUAGAAGCAGGAGCUGCUGGGAUAGUUGUCUCGAAUCAUGGAGCUCGACAGCUGGAUCAUACUCCAGCAACAAUAUCAGUUCUGGAAGAGGUUGUUCAUGCAGUCAAAGGGAAAGUCCCUGUUUUUGUUGAUGGAGGAGUGCGGCGAGGAACAGAUAUUUUCAAGGCGUUGGCCCUUGGGGCGCAAGCAGUACUGAUAGGAAGGCCUGUAGUAUACGGGUUGGCGGCAAAAGGGGAAACAGGAGUUAGAAGGGUCACUGAGAUGCUGAAGGAUGAGCUCGAGCUUACGAUGGCACUUUCUGGAUGUCCUACCAUAAAGGAUAUUACGAGGGGCCACGUAAUAACAGACCGUGAGAGACUUCAGUCCUCUCUCUGAAUUCAUGCUGCAGCAUCCAUGAAGAUAAGAUUCGCAUAGGCAAAUAGGUGAUGCCCCUGUUGUAUUAUCGCUUGUAGUUUGCCAUGUUAUGUAUAUAGUGGUCAUGUUUCAUCAUCAAUAAGAAAAUUGGAGCCGAGUCAGAGCGCCAGUAGAGAUUUAUGAGAGUCAAAGCUGGUAUUUUUUUGGUUCAUCAGUAGAUGUUAAUGUUUAAUGCUGCUUUCGGGCAUUAAAUUUGAAGCUUAAAAUCCUUGUAAGACAUGACGUUGAUCUGUGUCUUCUGAGUCUAAUACCUUCCAUUCAACUUUGUGAAGUUAGUAUCAUCACAAACACCCCUCUAAAUGAUGUGAAGGAACGGUUCUUCCCCA